AUGGACACCGCCUCCAGCAGUACAUCCUUUUGCAGCUCAGCUUCUGCUUCAGGUACAACUACUCCGUUUGCAGGUGCAACCUUCACGCAAGCAACUCGGAUUGAGGUCCCGGUACACGUGUUGGAACAAUUUGCACAGCAGAAUACGAUUGACAAUGAGAUCCUUGGAGAUUUACGGGCGGCCGUUGUAGAACUACAUGACCGCAUGCAACACCGCACAAACAUCCUUGGAACAACAACUACCUCGUUGGCCGACGGCCACAACCUUGUGGUAGAAAAUUUAGGGCGUCUGCAGCAGGGCCUUGAUGCACACAGUGAAGUCAUCACUCGUCUUGUGCAGGACAACCGAGGAAUUCAUGAUGAGCUUGAAGCCACGCGCGCCCAGUUGGAAGAGGUUCGGACAAUGGCUCAGACCCCUCGAUUGGGACCAGAACAAUGGCAGGCUCAGGUGGAAGCACACAUCUUGAAACUUCAGAAUGAGUUCGACAUGCGAAUGAAGCAGGUCGAUGAUGAUCAUCAUAGCACAAAAUCCCGUGUUCGAAAUCUUGAGGACAGGGCUGUGAGUAGGACGGAAGUCCCUGAUGCUCACAUGGUACAGGAACAGGUGGACGAGACCUUUUCUGCGGUGCAGCACCUCAGAAGUGUCGUCGAGGCUAAGCACCUGGAGUUAGACAAUGGCUUGGCAGAGGCGAGGGAAUCGAUUCAGGACCUGUCCAACACUCAGCGGAAGGUUGAGAAGAGUCUUGAUCACCUUCAGGCACUUUGUGAGCAGUUUGCCAUGAACUCUGAUGGUGAGGAACAAGCAGAUGAACAGUAUCUUGAUGCCUAUGAAGGUUCAUGGUGGGGAAAUCAGGCGGGACUACAAGGUCAGGAGGAGCCCGAACGACCUCCAGGCCUGACAUCUUCCUCAGUGCCCUCUUCGAGACAGGCAUGGAAGCCUCUGGAUGAGCCCAUUGGAGGGCCAUCUGGACAGAAUCCUGCUCCAGCUGAGGGCAGGGACACCAGUCAGGAACAGGGCAAUGCAAUUCAUCAUGCUCGAUGGAAACUCCUGGCUGACGUUCAGUUGGCGGAGCAACGUCAUGGCGAGAGGAUGGCUGGCUUGGUCACUUUGGGACCGCCGCCGGAUGUGGAUCCACGAGAUUCUGAGUGCGAAAGCAGGCUUAUCCUUUUGUUGAUCCGUUGCCUUCCUCAGGAAUGGAAAACAAGCGUGCUGGAACAACAGGACGAGUCCAAGGGCAUGAGAGCUUUGGAUCUCCUAGAGGGAGUCUUCGAAGUCCUGCAGCCCGGCGGGGCUGCAGAGAUGCAGUCCUUGAACACGUUCGUUCGUACACUUCGGCCUGUUACGACGGCAAAGGAUGGACUCAGUGUUCUUAGGCGCUGGCGUCUCGCCAGAACCAGGGCCACAGCUCUGGCACUUCCGAAGUUGGCACCGUUUGAAGAACUACAAGCUCUAAGUACGAUGGCACAGACUUUGGAGCGGCGUCAUGAUCGUUUUCGCACCCUCUUGGGCUUGCUUCGGACAGAUCCCGACAUCAUCCGCCCCACAGCAGCUGGAGUUGAAAAGAUGGUCACUCUGAUAGAGCAGCAGUUGCAGCUGCUCAGCGCUGAUGAGCACAUCAAGGCGAACAGGCAGCAUGAGCCUGAUCCUCAAGCUGCGAAGGGCAAAGGCGAUGGCAAAGGAAAGGACAAAGGCAAGAGAGGGGGCAAGGAAACGAAGAAGCCAUGUGAGUUCAUGAAGAAAUACGGGAAGUGCAAAUUUGGCGACAGAUGUCACUACAGCCAUGAUGGUCUACAAGGACAGGCGCCAAGAACGACACCGAAUCCUAAGGCUGCUCCAGUUUCGACGCCAGCUAAGGAGUCUGGUACACAGGAGUGUCUUGCAUGGGCCAAGAAUGGGAAAUGCAAGUUCGGCGACAAGUGUAGAUACCAGCACAAUGGUGAAGCGAACAAGGCAGCAAAUCCGAAGGCGAAGCAAAAACCAAAGGCAAAGGCCAAAUCCUCAGCAUCAGCGGCAGAGGGAGAGUCCGAACUUGUCGGAGUGAAGCCUACAGCGUCUGCUAUCCGUGUUUCUUCCAGUGUCGCUAGAAUGGCACGCAGCAUGCAGAGCGAGGAGGAGAGCAGCAGUCAGGCAUUUUCUGGUGAGGAGUUUGAGAUUCCCACGCAUGCAGAGGCAAGUACUCCCGAGUGGUCAGAUGCUGAACAAGGAGUUUUCCCUGAUGAAGAUUCAGAUGUCUCUGCAGAAGAAGGGGACGAUGAGCGCAGGGGAGACGAUCCUUUGUGGGUACUUGACGUAACUUUGCAGGAUUUUGUUGCGUGGACACGGCCAAAUCACAUCCAGACCAGGGCAGAGAGGCUUUUCCGCGAGGAGGAGAACCCAUAUGCAGUCACCUGGGGUACAUGGAUCAUACUGCAUCACGACACCGAGGAUGCAGAUGAGGCUGGUGCUAUCCCGAUCGGGGACAGCGUUGUGAUGCUCCAAUACGAUUGGACACUUGUGAUGUGCAUCGAUGCUGUGGCACGACCUUGCGUAGUAACACGUCUCAUGGACGAGGACACUGGCAGAGAGAGACUGGUGGCACUGAUACGAGUGCCCUAUGAACAUAUGCCGUUUGUUCGUCCUUGGGAACAUGCAUCAACAUCCAGUCAGUCAAUAAGACUUCCGUGUGACCAGGCUGCAUCAUCGACAGAUCCAAGAGCUCCAGCUGCAGAGGCACCCACAGUACCGCCGCCGCCUCCAUGUGUGAACUACCAACCUCCAGCACAGGGACGAGCCCAGGCAACUGAGAUGUUUCAUGUGCAUGUACGACAUCCACCAGUACAUGGAACUUUACCUCAGAGGAGAAGACGCAGUGCGACACAGAGCGACAUGAGUCAUGCUUGUGCUGCUAAGGGUUGCACGACUGGGUCAGAGCAUGAUCUGGUGUUGGCAGACUCAGGUGCUAACGAAGUUAUUCGCCCGGCCCAAGACCAACCGCCGCCGCGAUCUAUGCAGGUGGAUCUCACGUUGGCAGACGGAAGUGCAAUUCCAUCCUACAGGUCUAGAGAUGGCGAGCUUGCCGUUCCGGGCAGUGAUUCGUGGAUAGCACCCAUCGGCAAGAUUGUGGAGCUUGGCUACAGGUUUGUGUGGGACAACAUGACGGGAGCGCAGCUGAUUCGGGGAGAGGGAGAUGAGGCAGAAGUUAUCUACAUGAAAGUGGAAAAUGGCCUUCCCUACCUUGAGUGGCAUGAUUUUGCAACAUUGCGCCGACAGCUUUCACAGGCUUACAGACAACAGAAACGCGUGCUGUGUGCUCGUGCUGAGAUCAAGGAACCUCAGACCUUGCAGGCCAUCACCAUGAAUGACCUGGAGGAGUGCGAGGCGCAGGCAAAAGGGGCGAAGGAUCGUGAAUCAGUGCAGCAUGGUGAGAAUCUUGCGCGGAAGGUGUUUGAGCAGUCCACAAUUUCCUACGAUGAUGCGCUUGAGGUCAUCAUGAAGGCAGACAUCGAACCACAGAAAAAACGUAGAGCAUGCAUUGAGGGAGAGGACGACAAAGUGAAAUGUUGGGUUUCUGGAGCUUUUGCAGUGGGUCCGAAUGUGGGAAUCACAGAUCGCACAAAGGGCAGACCAUGGCUGGUAAAGGUCAUCAACAAGUUUAUGCAUCAGCAACUUCCUGACAUGCGACGGUCGUCUUUCUCAAUCAGUUGGGACAUCGCUUUUGCACCACACCGUGAUUUAGGCAAUGCAGAAGGCAGUCAGAAUGCAUUGGUGGUCCUGAGUCACAAGGGCAUGUGCAAAGGUGGUGACCUUUGGAUCGAGCAUCCUGAAGGCGAACAUGUCAGACGGGUAUCUGAUAAGAAGGCUUUACGUGGACUACUGAUGCCGGCUCAGCGGAAUCCAGUUCUCUUCAACCCAAAGAAGUGGCAUGGUACCGCUCCUUGGCAGGGAACAAGAGUGGCCCUGACCUUGUUUACAACUCGCGGAGCAGCAUCCUUGAGCAGAGUCCAGCAGUUACAACUUGAUGAUGUUGGCUUUACAUGUUUCCGUGACUCGACGGGAAGGAGCAUCAGCAGGGCGGAAGAUGAACAGCACAAGCAGCCUGAAGCACACAGCAACAACAUCUGCAACAGGGUCCCUCGGACUUCAGGGUGUUCAGGGAGCCCGUAUGGGAAUGAUGUCGGACAGGAUUUGGUUUGUUGUGGGGAUGAAUUUCAGGGUUGCGAAAGAGAGAGAGCGGUAGAAAGCGCCCAUGGCCCUUGCUUUUCAAACUGGCAGCUGCCGGAUGUGCGCACAACUUCCGAUCUCGAGGUCCCCGUGCCUGAGGCCUAUUCUUCUGCGUGUGCUGGAAACGCAGGCACUUCUCUUGAUCCUCUGGAGCUCGAAUAUGAACUCUCAUUGCCAGAUCCGGAUGGGUGUCCUUCACUGGAUGACCACGAGAAGGCAAAGGAUGAUCUUGAAAGAGGCACCGUUGCAGCUGAAGAGGGCAGGAAGCCGACGAAGAAUGUGGCACACCAUGAAAUGGACGACUACAGAACCCGUGGAGUCAAAAGGCCGCAUCGAAAGAUCAAGCCGGGAGACCUAUCAUCUGGCGUACUCUCCUCCAUUUGA